CCACAAGGGUCCUCCACAAGGAAAUCAGGGGUUGCCGUGGGUAGGUUUGUUGAGGUUGGGCUGACGGACCCCCCUGUCGGCGGUGGAAUCUCUGUGGCCAUUGUUUUGUUUCUUUAUACAUAAUUCAAUGUUCCCGUCUUCUCUCUCCCCUGUUUCUCCUCCUCGACAUUGUGCCGUCUCGUCAAUCGCAAACCGUCACAAUGCCUCCCAAGAAGCAGUCCUCCUCCGGCGGCAACAAGCCGUCCGGCUCUGGCUCUAGCUCCGGCUCUUCCUCCGGUUCGUCUUGCCGCUGCAGCUGCCGCUGCCGCUGCAGUAUCGGUGGCUGGCUCAAGUUCUUCGCCAUCUUGUUCGCCCUGGUUGCGCCUAUCGCAUACGUCCUUGAGCAGCGUCUCGAGUCCUUCUACGUCUUCGAUACUGAGCACCUUCACGAUCUGUCCAAGCGCGCCAUCAGCGCCCACGGCAACGACACCAAGGCUAUUGUCAAGUACAUUGUCGACGAGCUGAACGACCGCAACGGCGUUGCGCCCUACGUCAACAAUGAUGAGGAGUGGGUGUUUAACAACGCUGGUGGUGCCAUGGGUGCUAUGUACAUCAUCCACGCCUCCAUCACCGAGUACCUGAUCAUCUUCGGCACUGCCAUCGGUACUGAGGGUCACACCGGCCGCCACACCGCCGACGACUACUUCCACAUCCUCACCGGCACUCAGACUGCCUACGUCCCCGGCGAGUACGAGCCUGAGGUCUACCCUCCCGGUUCCGUUCACCACCUCGUUCGCGGCACCGUCAAGCAGUACAAGAUGCCCGAGAGCUGCUUCGCGCUCGAGUAUGCGCGCGGCUGGAUCCCUCCCAUGCUGUUCUUCGGUUAUGCCGAUACCCUGAGCAGCACGCUCGACUUCCCUACCCUCUGGCGCACCUCCGUCAUCACCGGCCGCGAGAUGAUCAACAACUUGCUUAAGGGCAAGUUCUAAGCAUUGUUGCUUUACGAACUGUCCCCUUCACGAAGGGUAUUUGGAAUACGAGAAUUUUGGAAAGCAUGGGAUAGAAUAUAGAGUAGAGAUAGGGCUUCUCGGCACAAGCGGCGUCUACGCUGGACCGGAGUUUGGGUUAGAUCAAGAUUUAUCUAUACCUAUAUUCACAACUUUCGUGACAUCGUC